ACACAGGCUAUUGGUGCCCGUCGUGAGCCUUACUUACACAUUGACUCGUUUCUUGCUGACGUCGGUCUUACCAAAAGUUCUUACCAGUACAAGUCAAGAUGUCCAGCAACACACUUACUAGCACUAGCCUACCACAGGCGUGUGGGCAACAAUUCCUCAGCGUACACCAUGGAGUGGAGUCCGUGUUUGAACAUCAUCGUGCAUUUUUGCUGGCCAAACAGGAUCCGGGCAAAUCCCCUAUAUGUUCGACCCAAAAAUUGCGGAUAUGAGGGUCAAAAUGGACAAAAUCUUCCGCCCAAACUUGCGGAUUUGGCGGCGAGAAUUUGCUAAGAAGGCCUGAUGUUCGGCCCUGCAUUGCAGAGCUCAUGGCAGGUGUCAGACUACAGUGGAGUUUCCGCAUCUCUACUCGAUAACACGGCCAUUCAUAUCUCCUCAAUGUUUCCACAUAUUCAACUCGCUAUGCGACUCGAUGCUACUUCCGAUCCUGGGAUAUGCAAAGUUCUACCGAGACAUCCCCUUCUGUCCCUGGCUUCUCGGCACUGAAUUCGUCGAACACUUCUAUGGCCUAGCUAGAACGUUGCUUCCAGACUUCACACACGCCGAGCUCAUGAAAACGGUCCAAAAUGUGAUGGUCUGCCAACGCUUCCUUCUUAUGGAUCAUUUCCGUGAGAAGCGGCCAGGGGACGAAUCUGCAGCUGGCUAUAUCAUGGAGUACGAUCCUUCGCCGCUGAUACCAGAUGAGGCCCAGUUUGCUCGUGUCAACCUCACCCCCCAAAAUGUCACUUCACUGAUUGAGCUAAUAGCCUUCCGUGAGGCUUCACAGAUUUGUCGGCAGAUUCUAAAUAUCCGUGUGCCAAACCCUGAUGUCAAACAUGUCAAGCUAGCGCCCCUUGGUACCGUAGAGAUGGCCCACAAGCACACGGCGACAGUUCGAGAGGCAGAAGCGUUGAACGGCGAACCUGAUGAUAAUGACUGCGACACUACUUCAAAUUCCAGUGCUUCAGCUGACGACAAUUUCAUGGUGACCCCGGAGCAAGCUGCGACCGACGCGAUGAUCUACUCGGCUCUGUGCGAUGAUUAUUAAGGUGACAUUCAAGAACUCAAGGCAUCAUCAUCACUGCUACAGAUGGGAUCUACGCCUUCUCAUAACAGUCUCGCCAGCCUUCACCGCGCACCGU